AUGGACCUCACCAUGGACCCCAACGACAGCCCUCUCAGCAACCUCGAUGUGUGGUGCGACUGGAGUGGCAUUCCAGAAGAGCCAGUGUCUAUCACGAUCUCCAUGGAGCUACAAACCUGCGGCCGUCCAAACCUGAAUCUACCAAUUCUCAAUGUCCAGUCUCCAAACACCACCAAAAGCCCGUCUUGGGUCAUUCAGUUGAAGCCUGAAGCCCAAUCCCACUAUGAAAUCGACACUCCACCUGAGAAAGAGGCUUGCUGGUUUGGCCAAGAAUAUGCUGAUGAGACUGAGAGAUACCCUACCGAUAACAUCUCUGCUUCUGAUUCCGGGAGCAUUGUUGUUCACGAUGGUUCGUGGGAUGAUGAUUCUCGGCGUAUCUCUCGUCGUACUGAUAAUAUCUCGGGGAUGCACACUCGGGUAGAUAGCUCGGAUAGCUCAACCCUCUCUGACCUUUCCAAGAGCCAGAUCAACAGCCUGGGUAGCCCGAGCUCCGCGAUCCCUCGCAAGAGAUCUGCCAAGGCUGCUUCUCUGCCUGACUCUAUCCCUCCUGACGAUGAGUAUCAAGGCACCCGCCACAAACUUAUGAUGACCAACAUCGAUCCGCCGAGCACCAUCGAGAACGCCGUCAGCUCUACUCCCACUCACAGUCGUUCUGCUAGUCGGGACAAAACUAGCGUGGUGCUGGAGAACAUGCCGUUGCCUCAAGACUCGGGGCCGAGUCAUGUGCCAGGUUCCCCGAGCGUUACAUCUGAGCAUCUCUCGCUAAGCGGCAAUGCAGCGGCGGUUGGAAAUGUACCGGAGCCAGAUGAAACCUCUCCUUGGUGCAAUGCAGAAACUCCUCUCAGCACGAUUGACUUGAGCGGCACCGAGCCGCUCACCGAAAAGAACCUGCUUCAGCGGAAUUAUGAUACACUUUCUACUUGUGUGUGCCACGGAAGCCUUUCUGACACCGAAGAAAGUGACAAAGAAAUUGAGACCCUGCUUUUUCCCCUUGAAUCCAUCGGAUCGGCAUCGUUUUUCUCAUGUCAUGGACUCCCUCUGCCCCAGACGGCUGCAGAAAUUGCCGAAAAGCACAAGCCCAAGAUCUUAUUGGACAAUGACAUUCUUUACCUGCAGACCCCUCCCAAUAUCUACCCUGCAACAUACCAAAUCGCGAUUUCGCUCACGGUCAGGCUACAGAAAGGAAAAUCGUGGGAUUGGUGGGAGUUGGUCGUUAGUGGACUGCCUCGACUUGCCCAGUCCGAGUCUGGUUAUCUCUACUUCCGAACACCCCCGGGUCAGGGAAUGGAAUUCAUGACCUCGUCUUUUAAAAGACAUACGCUCGUGGAAAGCUGCUUGAUGGCCCAGUUCUACGGUGGAAGAAACCUCGUGAUUCCGUUCCGGAAGUGCGAUGCAGAAUGCUUCGGACAACUCAAGGACCACAAAGUCAACACACUCAUACGGGCCGAGGUGGCAGAGGCCGGCGACCCACCGUCCUAUCUGAUCAAAUACAACGCUGCUUGCUCCAUCGAUCUCAUCAAUCAUAACUUCUGGGCCGAGCAGUGCAAAUUCUGCAUUUUUGUGCAUGGCGGCCCGGACGGCGAGUUUGACGCUGUUUUUACACAUAAAAAGCCUCUGAUCAACUCUAUUCAGCUGCCAGCGGCAGAUGGGACUGGAAUCUCACGCAUCAAUAUUAUCAGCAUCCCCCAAGCUCUGGACAUGUUCACGGUGUCGUGGGAAAUCAAGCUGCCCCGAGGCAAGGCUAUCACCUGGUUGCCAUGGAUCAAGACCACGUUCAGCUGCAGUGAUGCUGAAACUGUUCUCCAAGAAGAUUACGCCAUCUAUGCCCCUGAUUAUGAAUUUACCAAGCAUGAAGCUGUACCUCCAAAGUAUCAGAAUGCUGAUACUAGAUGCGAAGUUUCAUGUGGUCAAUUAGGAGAUAUCUGUGUUCCCGGGCUUAGCCAUUCUAAGCCCGAAGUCGAGAAACCUCCAUAUCUCCAAGAUGGUUCCAUUCCCAAGUUUGAACUGACUGAGCCUCUAUUUGGUAAAAUUCCAGCUUCGAGGUCUACAAGUACGCAAACCGUUGCGGAAACUCCAGCUCCUGGAUCGACAGUUUUCGAGACUCUAGUCGCUGAGCGAAAGAAGUCACGCCGUGUACGCGGUCUGUGGACCUUAUGGACUCUGAUUAACUUCUUCUUUCAAUUGCUUGUUUUCCUGGCGUCUGUCCACAUCAUCUCCUCGUCGUACUUUUUGCUCAGCCAUGUCUCCCGCGAAGCGCAUGUCUAUGGCCCAGUGGACUACGCAGGAAAUAUUACUACCAAUGCUGAUGUGGUGCAAGAGACAGAGACUGUCCUGGCAGAGUCAAAUCUUCAGCCUGAGCUGAUUCAACCUGAAGUUCAGCAGCAUGCCAACACCACACCUGCCGAGGUCACUCCAAUUCCCCUGAGAGACCGCAUUGAUUACAUUCUCGGAUGGCGAGGACCAAUUGCGCGUGAGUAA